AUGGGGCAUUUAAGUGAAACCAAUGAUUAUGAAAAUAAGAACUGGCGUCCAAAACUUUGGGGCCGAUGGAGUGAUAUACUGUCACAUGGGCGUUUUAAACGACAGUUGACAGAACAUGAUGUGGAGACCAUCUGCCGCACUAUCCUUGUGUACUGCUUGAACCAUUACCGAGGAGAUGAAAAGAUCAAAGGUUUUAUCUGGGAUCUGAUUACUCCUACUGAGGAUGGACAGACGCGAGCUCUACAAAACCACUCUGGUUUGUCUGCACCAGUGCCUAGAGGGAGGAAAGGAAAGAAAGUUAAAAGUCAGUCCACCUUACCAAUGAUGAAAAAUGCAGAUUGGCUAGUAAACUGCAAUCCUGAUAUCUUGCUGCAUGAUGAUGGCUACAAGAAACAUCUGAAACACCACUGCAACAAAGUCCUGCUGCGGGUACGGAUGUUGUAUUAUUUGAAGCAGGAAGUGAUAGGAGAUGUAGCAGAAAAGAUAUUUGAUGGUGCAGAUGCAAGUGAUUUGGAUAUCUGGAUCCCAGAAAUCGACCAUGCUGAACUUCCUACGGAUUGGUGGGACAGGGAAUCUGAUAAAUGCCUUCUCAUUGGAGUGUUCAAGCAUGGAUAUGAAAAGUACAAUUCUAUUAGGGCAGAUCCUUUGUUCUGCUUCCUGGAGCGAGUGGGAAUGCCUGAUGCAAAGGCCAUGGCUGCAGAACAGAGGGGAACAGAUGUGCUGGCAGAUGUUGGUGAUGGUGCUGAUUUUGACAGAGAAGAUGAAGAUCCGGAAUACAAACCAGGGAGAAUUCCAUUUAAAGAUGAAAUGGAUGAAUUUGAGAAUUCUCCACUAGAUGACAAGGAAGAAUGCAUGGAUGCUGAGAACACAGGCAAACAACUUGAUCAAGAUGAUGAAUCAGACAAACUGUACUGGCCCAGCACCUCGGUUCUCACAACGCGUCUGCGCCGCCUUAUUACAGCCUAUCAGCGUAGCUACAAGAGGGAACAGAUGAAAUUAGAAGCACUGAAUAAAAGUGAUCGUCGCAGACGUCGGCCAAGAGAUGAAGUGAGGGCUCGAGAGGCAGAGAGAAGUGCAGCUAUAUCUGAGAAACGUCAAAGAUGGACCAGGCGAGAAGAGGCAGACUUCUACCGUGUUGUAUCAACCUUCGGUGUGGUUUUUGAUCCCAUAAAGAAGCAAUUUGACUGGAGCCAGUUCCGUGCCUUUGCUAGACUGGAUAAAAAGGCUGACGACAGUUUGGAAAAAUACUUCAGUUGUUUUGUGGCUAUGUGCAGAAAGGUGUGCCGUAUGCCUCCAAAUCCUGGUGAAGAGCUUGAUUCCACCAUUUUCAUUGAGCCAAUUACGGAGGAACGUGCUUCUAGAACUUUGUAUCGAAUAGAACUUCUCCGGAAGGUUCGAGAGCAGGUUUUGCUUCAUGCUCAGCUUGAUCAACGACUCAAGUUGUGCCAGCCAAGCAUGGAUCUGCCUGAAUGGUGGGAGUGUGGCAAACAUGACAAAGACUUAUUGAUUGGUGCUGCAAAGCAUGGAGUCAGUCGGACGGACUACCAUAUUCUAAAUGAUUCUGAGCUUUCUUUCCUAGAGGCCCAUAAAAACUUCGCUCAAAACAAAGGAGCUAGCCAGCGGAGUAGUACGCCUUUUCAAAACCAGCUAGGUGCCUGUCUGAGCCAAAUGCCUUCUGUUGUCUCAUCCACAUCAGUUCAGGAAGAAAAACGUACAGAACAAACUGACUAUGAUCAUAGCAAAGCUGAAGGUGGGCUAAAAUGUCCUACACCCCCACCACCUCAGGAAGAGCAGAACACAGUCCCUCUUAAGGAAGAUGGAAAAGCUAAUUGUGAUGAGAACGUACAUGUUGAUUCAGAAUGUCCGGACACCUUAGGACCAUUGUCUGUGAAGAUUGAACAUGAUACUAAAAAAACGUUAACCAUAGACACUGGAUUGCUUCCUGAUGCUGAAGAUAAGGAAUUGAGACCUAAAUUACCAUUUGAGAAAGGGUCAGAAGAUGAUGAUGAUGAUGAGGAUGAUGACGAUGAUGACAAAUCAGAAGAAUCAUCCCAACCUGAAGCUGGCACAGCUUCCCAAAGCAAACAAUUUGAUGAAGAAAGUAAUGCUUCGCUAAGCACUGCCCGUGAUGAAACCCGCGAUGGCUUCCUCAUGGAAGAUAGUGAACCCACAGUAGCUCAGCUUCUUCAUGAAAGAACAUAUUCCUUUUCCUUCUGGCCAAAGGAUCGUGUAAUGAUUAAUCGCUUAGACAACAUUUGUGAAGCAGUGGUCAAGGGAAAGUGGCCUAUAAAUAGGCGCCAGCCGUUUGAUUUUCAUGGUAUGAUCAACUACGCUCCCACAUCAGUGGAAAGCCCUCUGCCAAGGAGGAGUUUCACUGAACUCUCCAUGGUAGGUCAAGGGAGCUUCAGUGCCUGUGAAGAUAUAGCUGGUUCUCCUCAGGUAUCAAGGGAUGAUGCAUUGAACCUGUCAGUUCCAAGGCAACGUAGGAGACGGCGUAAGAAAAUUGAAAUAGAAGCUGAGCGAGCUGCAAGGAGAAGAAACCUUAUGGAGAUGGUAGCUCAGCUUCGCGAGUCCCAAGCAGCCUCGGAUAGUGGACAGGAGAGAGCUGUGGACUUAUCAAAAGCCUCCAGAGAGGCAAAAAGUUCUACCUCAGUCAGUAACCUUGCUGUUAAUUCCAAGUAUGUUUUGCCGAAUGCCUCUGUGCCAGUAUCUGAUGCCUAUAAAGCCCACAUUGAAAUGCUGCAAGCAGGCCUUUCACGAGCACCAACUGGACUUGUGAUAAAUGGUUCAUUAGUUGAUGGGGAAAUGCCAAUAAAAAGAAGAAGAGGAAGAAGGAAAAAUGUUGAGGGACUUGAUCUUCUAUUUAUGAAUAACAAACGGACAUCAUUAAGUGUGGAUGAUGCAGAACUGACCAAAGCUUUUGAUGAGAGCGUGCAGUCAGUGUCACAACCAAGAAACAUUCCAUCUCCUGGUCAAUUGGACCCGGAGGUGCACAUCCCCGUUAUUAAUUUAGAAGAUGGGACCAGACUGGUGGGGGAAGAAGCCCCUAAGAAUAAAGAUUUGGUGGAAUGGCUAAAAGUUCAUCCAGCUUAUACUGUAGACAUGCCUAGUUAUGUACCAAAGAGUGGUGAGGUGCUGUUGACCCCAUUUCAAAAACCUAAACAGAAAAGGCACCGCUGUAGAAAUCCUAACAAACUGGAUGUGAACACUUUGACAGGAGAUGAAAGAGUGCCUGUUGUUAAUAAAAGAAAUGGGAAAAAGAUGGGCGGUGCUAUGGCCCCACCAAUGAAGGAUCUACCGAGAUGGCUUGAAGAAAAUCCUGAGUUUGCUGUUGCACCUGAUUGGGCUGACGUUGUCAAGCAGUCUGGUUUUCUACCAGAGUCCAUGUUUGACCGUGUUCUCACUGGACCAGUUGUUCGAGAGGAGGGAGCAAGUCGAAGAGGGAGACGGCCUAAAAGUGAGAUUGCCAAAGCUGCUGCAGCUGCUGCUGCUGCUUCAGCCUCAGGAAUAAACCCACUACUGAUGAACAGUCUCUUCGCUGGAAUGGAUCUAGCAAGCCUGCAGAAUUUACAGAAUCUGCAGAAUCUUCAGUUAGCUGGACUGAUGGGCUUCCCAUCAAGUCUUGCUACAACAGCUACAGGAGGAGAUGCAAAAAACCCUGCUUCCUUAUUACCGCUAAUGCUUCCAGGCAUGGCAGGGCUGCCCAAUAUGUUCGGACUGGGAAGCUUGUUAAGCAACCCCUUGACUGCUACGCCUGGUACUUCUUCAGCAACAUCGGGUCCAAGCGAAACAGAAAGUGGCAUUUCCUCUAAGACAGAAAAUGAUAAAGAAAAUGAUAAGGAAAAUGAAGAUAAGGAAAUAAACAGUGCUGAAUCUGCUGUUGAUUCUAAUAAUGCAAGUUCCAGUUCUUUCACAGCUCCUGCAAACACUGGACUAUCCAACAACCCUCUUGCUUUCAAUCCAUUCUUACUUUCCACUAUGGCUCCUGGAUUAUUCUACCCAUCCAUGUUUCUUCCUCCUGGUCUGGGUAUGACUUUAUCUGGUUUUCCUCAUAAUACACUGGCUGGACUACAGAGCACAAUGGGCUCAAAUGAUGAUAAGGAGGAUAAGACAGAUGGCAAAACUGAGGACAACAGUUUUAUGGAAGGAGAAGCCAAUUCAGAUGACAGUGAUCCUUUGGGAAGCCCAAGUAAAGCAGCAGAUUCUUCCCUUCUGGAAGAUGAAUUGGCACAGGCGACAGGGUUGGACUCAGUUGAGGGAGAAGAUGAUGACGAGGAUUAAUUACAUUUCCAGUUACUUAAGUGUUUUAAAACUCUUCAAGUUGUAGUCCUACUGUUUACAUAUUCAUUAAAUGUCCACGCAUAGUUUUUUUAAGCUAUCUCUGUAACAUAGUGUAGCAAAGUUCCAAGUCAUGUUAUGCAGAUGUCAAAGAUGUCUUGGUCAUAAGUAUUAUGCAGUGCAUUAUUUAUUAUCAUAGAAGUGAUAUCAAGUACAAAAUUGUGUCUGAAUUUAAGCAAUGAAGUUAAAACAAAUGCUCUGCUUUUUAUUUUUCACCAGUAGUAAUUUGAGAUACGCAGCAAACUUCAAUCAUGGCAUGUGAUUGUCAGUGACCGAAGCAGUUCUGCUUAUAAAGGAAUAAUGAAGAUGUAUAUUUAACAUUGCUGUGAAGAGCACAGAUGGACAAAAGUCAUUGUAGAACAUAUCAUGCCUAUAGAUUUGACUGUAAAUAGAGUCCACACUGACAAUCCCCACGAUAGUGUGAAAGUCUCACCCCAGAGGCACAGCAAUAACUUGGCAGCUGUUGAAUGUUUUUUUUAAAAAAAAAAUCUGGACAAUAAAACGCCUAAAGGGUGACCACAAUUUCUGACUUAAACUACAGUUGAUUUGCAUUGUCUCAUGAUUUUUUUUCUUGUAAUGCACUGUUAUAAACAAAAUUCAGGUACAUUUCUCUGAAGAAAGGACUUUGUUACUUUAGCCACAAAGCUAAACAGCAUUACCUCAGUUCUACUAGCAUUGAAGUUUACAAACAUGACUUUGUAAAUGUAUGUUUUCUUUGUUGUGAUGUUUUUUUAAACAAUUUUGAAAACUGCUAUCAUGUAAGAUAAGAUGUAAAUUGCUGCCAACUGUAGUAACAAUGCUUUUAAUAAAAGUGACCCAUGAUAUGCAGUGACAUGUACUGUAGAACAAGCAAAAAUCUAGAGAAACCAAAUUAUGAUUGGUAUUCACUAGUUGCGUUGCUUAGUAGCAAUAGAAACACAUACCAUAUUCUGAAAAAGGUUUUUUUUUCGUUUUUGUUGGUGAAGUAAAUGUUUACAAAUGGACAAUACAUGUACUUAAAGAUACAAUGAAAUUUAGCUUUAUUAUUAAACCAAUUCAGUAUUAGGCAUCCUGGUUUCAUUAUAUUCUGUUCUGUUUCCACUAGUUAAAAAUGCUGAUAGAAUACACAGCAUAUAUUUUUGGUAGCUUCUAAAGUCAAGAUCCAUCAGAUUAAACUGCCUUUCUCACUUAGCAGGCAACGUUGUGUAGCCCAAAGCACCAAACGUGGUGUAGGCUGUUGAUAAGCCUAAGGCUGUUUUAGGAAAGACGGAGAUUCCCAACUCCAUUGUGUUGCAAUGCUAUCCUUUACCACUGAUAUCUGACAGUGAGUUUAAAUUUGGUUAGCCGUGGCCCGAUUUCCAGCAAAUACUUUCCGAAACCUACAAUAACCUGCUUGAAGAGGAACCUUGAAAUUGUAAUGCAGUAUUUCUUGUGUGAUGUGAGUUUCAAUUGUUUCACGGUCAGUGAAUAAUAAAUCCAAUAUUGCAGCUUGCAAAAGGAGUUGUUCUGUAUGGAAAUGUGAAGUUGUUUACGAUUUUCACUCUUGGAAAAUUGUCCCUGGCACUCAGAUGUUAACCAUUUCUUGUUAAGUCUGAGUUAUUUGAGUAUACAUUAAACUAUAGAAAAUUAAU